AUGACUCUUAAAACUAAGAAAUUCGAAUCAUCUUCUUCUUCUUCUUCAUCUGUUGGCAAAAAGAGAGCACUUCUAAUUGGGUUGAGAUAUGAUCAGCCCCAAAUGAUCUAUACAUGGGAUGAUUGUUUAGAAGUUGAACAAUUUUUGAUAGAAAAAUUUAAUUUUCCUCGAGAAAAUAUAGAUAGACAGUUAGAUCUUAGGAUAUUUGACAAUGAAGAUGAUAAGUUAACAAAUAUUACACUGGAGUAUAAAAUAAAAACAUUUCUUGAAGAAACAAAAAGCGGAGAUGUUUCAAUUCUCUUUGUGAGUGGACACGGAGGAAAUCCAAAAUCAGAGGAAGGUCCAGGUUUAAUUGCUGCCGUCGAUUAUCAAGUCUUGGAAGUUAAUGAUCUCAUAGUACACGUGAAAGAGUUGCCCAAAGAUACAAAGUUUCUAUUUAUUAUAGAUGCUUGUUUUAGAGCCAAUUUCAUGAAGUUGUUUAGUGAAAAUGUUGUUAUGAUGCUUUCUUCAAAAGAAACAGAAGAAUCCAAGGGUAGCAUUUGGUAUGGUUCGCAUUCUACCAAUGCUUUUUUGCACUGUGUUGUGAGAGAUUCUGAGACAACAUUAGAAGAGUUAUUAGAGCUUAUUAAGAUAAAUUAA